AUGGUACAGGUGGCUGUGGAUAAAGAGGUGAUGGAAGGGUUUAUAUGGGUUGGCUUCGUAGGGGGGGAGGAGAGGAGGGGGGAUCUGCAGCGGAGCCUGAUCAUAUCAUUGCUGCAGCUGUCUGGGAAGUGCAAGUUGACAGUGGGAGGAUUCAAGGGGCGCUUGCUCGUGCCUCUGUCUGGGAAGCUCAAGCUAGCAGUGAGUGAGUUCAAGGGGCGCUUGCUGCUGUCUGGGAAGCUCAAGCUAACAGUGAGUGAGUUCAAGGGACGCUUCCUGCUGUCUGGGAAGCGCAAGCUAGCAGUGAGUGAGUUCAAGGGGCGGUUGCUGGUGUCGAUACGCGAGUACUAUGAAAAAGGCGGCAAGGAGAUGCCUUCCUCUAAAGGUAUCAGUCUUCCUCCUGACCAAUGGGACAAGCUGGUUAGGCACAUUGAUACUGUACAAGAGGCCAUUGACCACUUGUCAUAG